CACACACAUAUACGAAUCAUUGACGAACCUUCUCUUUCAGAGACGGGCGAUUUUCUUGAUUUAUCCGCAAAAUGUCGUCCGCUACGCUAGAUCCGAGACCUCUGCGAGUUUCUCCUUUCAUUAAAUUUUGCCGCUGGAGUUUGCUUCUUACUGGAAUUGUUUACGGUGCGUUCCAUCAUCGAAGAUUCUCUAAAAUUGAAAAUGCUCGCAGAGAAGAAGAGUUGAGAACCAAACCCGAGCGUGAUGCUAAGCUAGCGGAAGAGAGAAGACUCGCUCUAAUAGCUGAGCAAAAAAUGAUAGACGAAUUAAUAACUCCAACUCCUAAAUAAUGCGCCAUCUUAAUGCGUUUGUUUAUUGUGCAUAUGAAAUAUUAACACUUUGUAUCUAUAAAACUAGUCGAACACAUACUUGUUGGAAUGUCACAUUAUUACAUUAACAGAUAAUAAAUCUGUAUUGUACAAAAACCUCAAAUAAAAAGAUCUGUGACGAUUAUGUAACAUGAGAUUUA